AUGGCACCACGAAUUUUGAAUUUCAAAUUGGCAUCACUAACAUUUGAAGCUAGUUUCGUUUUGUCUAACUUAAUCCGGAAACGUAAAUGGGAUAAUAAAGUAAAGAAAUGCACGGAGCAAGAAAUAAAAACAGUACUAAGCUAUAUGCAAGAGCACAGGAACAUAGAGAAACCAACAGCCCAGCUAUAUUACAAAAAAUUGUUGGCAGAAACAAACAUCAAUGCAAAUUGGAACAUAUUAAAAUGCAAAGUUCGCCAUCUGAAGAGUACUUUGCAAAAGGCAGACGCAUGGAUUAAUUCAACAGGCGCUGGAGUUGAGGAUGAUGACAAUACAAUUACUGUAAAAGACAAGGUGGUUAAAAUAUGUCCACAUUACGAACAGCUUGUCGACAUUUUUUCACCUUCAAAGGAAAUUGAAUUUGUUGUAAUGGACACAUCGAACGCAUUGGACUGUACUCUUGAUGCAAUUGAUUUGGAAGAAGAUAGUGUUAUAUUGGAUGGUGAACUAUCAGCAUCAUCAGAAACUAUCUCCUUUGAAAACAAGGUUAAGCGUACAGCACGUCCUACUUGCAUUGAUAAGCUUAAAGAUAUGGAGAGUGACCGGGUCAAAUUUCGGAAAGAGCAAUUAAGCUUAGAAAUUGAAAAAUUCGAGUGGACAAAAGAAAUGGAAAAACAAAAAUUAGAAUUGGAGAGACAGAAAGUUGAGAAUGAGUUCAAACUCAAGAAAUUAGAGUUAGAACAAAAAGAAAGAAUUAAAAAAUAUAAAAUUGAUGUGAUCGAUAAGAUGUGAUUGUUCUUACAUCCUCCAGUAGUUCAUCCAUUCUUUCAUCAAUGAGAGCGUGCCGUUGAUCGAAGUGUGCUGUGUCUAUAAAUGGAAAAACUUUGAUUUUUGCAACUAUUAAGCUUUAAAGCACAUACCUUCGAUAAAUUCAAGAUCUUUAAUAGCUGCAUUUAUUUUUAAGUCUAUAAUUUGAUUUUUUAUACUCUUGUUAGAUAUUUUGUGUUGAUUUUGAAAUUCAAAUUUCUUUGUACUUACGACAAAAACAAAGAACAGCUGAUUGUAUAAAAAUAACCAGAUAACCUACAUAAAAGUCUGUUCACGGUGCACACAGGUUAUUUUUCAUUUUAUCAUCACAUAACCCCGAUAACCAGUGCCCCGUGAACAUCCUAAUUGUAUUAUUUAUGU